UUCUGGAGAGAGAGAGAACCGGGGUCCGUGAGAGCGCGUCGGGGAUUUACCCUUUCUUGAGAGGAUGAUCGAGCAUCGCCGUGACUCGGACGGUGAACUCAGCAGCGUCGAGACCUUGAAUUCGGGCCACGCCAGUUCGAUGAGCAGCAGCUCCCGCGGCAGCUGCAGCAGCUUCAGCCGCCUCUCCUUCGACGCGGCCCUGCUCGACCACCACCACGGCCUCGGCGGCGCCUCCGCCGCCGAGACCCUGGCCAUAAAGCCGCACCGGUCCUCCUCCGACUCGGUCUACUCCGCCAUGCUCCGCCGCGGCGCGAGGCCCGGGUUCCGCGACUUCCGCCUCCACCGCCGCAUCGGCUCCGGCGACAUCGGCACGGUCUUCCUCUGCAGCCUGAAGGAGGGCCCGGGCGGCGGCGGCUAUCCGGCGGACGGUGGGGAGACGCAGCAGCCGGCGCCCCUGUACGCGAUGAAGGUGGUGGACAAGGAGGUGGUGGAGAAGAAGCAGAAGAGCCAGCGGGCGGAGAUGGAGCGGCGGAUCCUCAAGAUGGUGGACCACCCUUUCCUGCCCACCCUCUACGCCGAGUUCGAGGCCUCCCACUUCUCGUGCAUUGUCAUGGAGUACUGCUCCGGCGGCGACCUCCACUCCCUCCGCCACAAGCAGCCCAACAAGCGCUUCUCUCUCGCCGCCGCGAGGUUUUAUGCUGCAGAGGUGCUGGUAGCGUUAGAGUACCUCCACAUGCUUGGAAUCAUCUACAGAGACCUAAAGCCCGAGAACGUGUUGGUCAGAUCGGACGGUCACAUCAUGCUCUCUGACUUUGACCUCUCCCUCUGCUCCGACGCCAUCCCGGCCGUUGAAUCCCCGUCGACGUCGGCGGCGGCGUCCCCGGACCCCUCCCGGCACGACCCGCGACGGCAGACGGCGGCGGCGGGCGCCCCUCCUCCUCUCCCGCCUCCGUCCGCUUCCCCGUUCUCCUGCCUCCCCAGCCCCAACCGGCUCUUCCGGUCGCGCAAGAUCCAGAGCCUCGCCCCGGGGAACCGGAUGUUCGUGGCCGAGCCGGUCGGCGCCCGGUCGCAGUCCUUCGUCGGGACCCACGAGUACGUGGCGCCCGAGGUCGCCUCCGGCGGGUCCCACGGCAACGCCGUCGACUGGUGGGCCCUCGGGGUCUUCAUCUACGAGAUGGUCUACGGCCGCACGCCCUUCGCCGGCGCGUCCAACAAGGCCACCCUCCGCAACAUCGUCGAGAAGCCCCUCGCCUUCCCGGGCCCCGCCGACGCGCCCCCCGCCGCCGCCCCGGAGCUCUACGCCCGCGACCUCAUCGCCGGCCUGCUCUGCAAGGACCCGGCCCGCAGGCUCGGGUCGAGGCGCGGGUCCGCCGACGUCAAGAAGCACCCCUUCUUCAAGGGCCUGAACUUCGCCCUCGUCCGGUCCCUGACGCCGCCCGAGAUCCCCGGCCUGAGGCUGAGGCGGCAGAGGACAACGACGGCGGCGAGGAGGCAAACGACAGCCUUCGAUUAUUUCUGAGCGGUGGGGAAGGAGACAACCAGCGGUGGGGUUUCGGCCACGUGUCCGGCUAGAACCUGCCAGGUUUUGGGCCACUGGCAGUUUGAUAGUUUGUACAUUUGUGUUUCCUUAUUGUUAAUCCUAUGUUUAGGAAGUAGGUUGUCUAUGUCUCUUUAGGGUUUAUCAUGUGUACGAACCACGUGCCUAACUUCAGAAAGAGAAGUCCUAUUCAUAUAGCUAA